UUUUUUCGUAGUUUUAUAAUAAAUUCCCCCCCAAAAAGUUCUUAUUGUAAUUUUAGUUUGCUUUUCUGUUACAUUAGUUACUAGUUUAGCUCUAACGUAUUUUUCAUUAUCUUUUAAUUUACCCCCCAAAAAUUGUAAAGUAGUAAAAUUUAGUAGUCUUUUUAGUUUAAUUUAGUUUUUCGUAAUCACAAGUGGUGCCACAAGAUGUCACAAGUGGCAGAAAAGCGCCAAAGAUGUCCAAAUUGGCAUGCUUCGGAAAAGCAAUUGCUUGUUAUGCUUGUCAAAGAACAUUUUUCGACAGUGGAAAUGAAGAAGACGAACGCAUCGUCAAAACUAGAAAAAGCUCGGGGUUGGCUAAAGAUCGCAAGGAUUUAUAAUUCUCGGACAUCUUUGGCCCACAGGGAAGCACUUUGCAGAAAGAGUGGUGUAAUCUGAAAAAAAAUGCUAAGAAGCUUUUGGGAAAUUUGAUAAUGGAGGCAAAUAACACAGGUGGUGGACCCUCAAAAUUGAGACCCCUCCCUCCAUUGUACGAGAAAAUAAAUCAGUUAAUUGGUAGAGCUGCAGAGGGCUAUCAUAAUCCAUAUGAUGCAGAUGCUGGAAUGAUUCAGCCUACAUCAGAAACGUGUGAGGAGACUCGUCAACCUGUAGAGGAGCAGCAACAGCAACUAGAAGAGGUGGAAGAGGAAGGAGAUGAUGCUGCUGCUGAAUUUACAAUUCAACCGGAGUUAGAGUUUCCGGAAAGAAGCGAGACUGAGGGAAAGUGA